AUGGCAGCCCAGGGAUACGGUAUCCAUGGUAUCAAGGGUACUCGUCUCAUCCCCAACGACCUGGUUGUUUACCUCUCUCUUCUGCUCAUGAUCCGCUGCGUAUCCGCUACUCCAACUGGUACAGCGUCCGACGACAGCAACAUCUCGCCAACUGUCAUUGUUGCUAUAGUCGUAGCCUGUCUGGCGGUACCCUCAGCAAUAUGGACGGUGCUACAGAUUUGGCAAUGGUUCAGCGGAGACAACUCUGGUUCUCCAUCCGGUUGUAUGGGAAACCAGGUACUUCCUGCUUUGCAAUCAAACAGCGGAACCAUUGGAAACAUAUACGGCGGCAACUGGUCACAGAAUGAGGACCCUUCAAGGCUUGGAAAUCGACGUCGUGGCCUCUCACCGUCGCAGGAAGGGUCCGAGGAGAGAGAUGCAUUACUCGGAACGCGCGACCAGUCGCCUUCUACACGCAGUAGCGACGGGGAAGGCCUAGAGCUUCAUGAGCUAAACGGUCGCACAGCCUUGCCGUACCGUGAUCAACAGCAAGCCGCAUGUGCCUCCGUCAGCGUGACCGUUGACGGCACUACAGAUCCUAACGCGAGUCGAACGCGUAUGAAUCUACCUGCCGACGAGGAUGAGGAUGAAGGGCUGAUUCUGCAGCAAGGUGCUUAG